AUGGUGAAGCUAGCAACGGCUAGGGACUUUCGUACAUACGGACCCGGCCUCACCAGGAACCGCUACGAGUACAUAAACGCAGGGCUCUAUCUCUUUUCCACUAUCAUCCUUGCUUCUGCUUUUGUGGCUCAACUUUCCUCCGAAGCCCAAUCCUGUCUUGUGCUUUUUAUCACUGCUUUCGGCAUCAUCCUCCUUGUCAAUCUGCACGACCUCCUCGCCCAUCUCGCCGGCAUCGAUUUCCGGUUACACUUGCUGGCGUUUGACCUUCAGUUCGCCUUUGUGGAGUUCGCUGUUCCUGUUGUUCAGAUGCUGGGAACGCUUCUGAGCUUUCUUGGAGUUCUCUUCCUUUUUGUUCAGGAAGAGAAAGGAUAUGGUUACUUGAAAUUGGAAAAGCAUGCUCUGAAUAUGCUGGUUACUGGUCCUGUACUAUGGGUGGUGGGAUCAAUUCAUAAUUCGUGCCAAAUUUAUGAGAGAGCGGAUGGUCAUGUUCAAAUCUUGCAGCAGUGUGUGCACAUCCCUUUUUUGAUGGGGAGUUUGUCAUUCAUGCUUGGUGCAAUUCUCAAUCAUCACGAGCAAUCUAGAGUCAUCCACCAUGGCAUUCACUUGCUUGGUAGGACUUGGAUCUGGCUAGGCAUCUUGGGAAGCAUAAUGUUCUUUAUUGGUGGCUUGACAAAUUUAAUUAAAGUGUUCAAGAUGCAACAAAUGAAUGGAGUGAGGCUGGAGAAACUGCGAGGUGGAGCACAAGAGAGACUGUUAUGUGCAAGGGAAAGACAGGUUCCUCUGAUUCUGGAACAUCAGACAAUAAGUCAUCAUCAACCUGAAGAAACCAAAGUUACUUUACCUCUUCCUACUCCUUAUAAGGAUGUUCUUCUUGGUCAGACUGGAUCAUGA